AUGCCGGAGACCAACAACCACUCUGAGCCCGCUGCCAUGGAUCCCUCCAAGAGAAGGGCCCUGACCGAGGCAGAGCUGGCCCGUCUCAGCGUGCACCUGCCCAAGGAUUCGCUCGCCACCUCCAUGGCCAUGUCGUCGCGCUACUUCUUGGACGACCGCGAGACGCACUACAUGGCCCACAGCAUCAAGCACUGGCUGUCCGAUGACGAGUCCCAGGCUCCCACGACGACGGCCACGCCCAGCACCAUUGCGAGCCUCAAGUUCCCUGAGCGCGCCGCCGCCAGGUCCAGCGUGCGAAACAGCAUGAGGAACAGCCAGAUACGCACCAGCAUAAUACUGGGCACGGUACCAUACGAUGCGGUCCGUCCCGGCGAGCCACCUUCCCUGACGACGGAGAGCAAAGAGAUGCUGGGGCUCGUCAACGGCGACAGCGGCGACAUUGCCAACCAGCCAGGCAAGCGUGAGGACGGGCAAGAGUACGCCACGGGCCUCAAGCUGGCGCUCAUCAUCACGGCGCUCUGCUUUUCCGUGUUUCUCAUGGCCCUCGACAACUCCAUCAUUGCUACGGCCAUUCCGCGCAUCACCGACGAGUUCCACAGCCUCAACGACGUGGGAUGGUAUGGAUCGGCUUACAUGCUCACGGGAUCAUCGUUCCAACUCUUCUUUGGCAAGUUUUAUACCUUUUGGAGCAUCAAAUGGGUAUUCUUGUCUGUCAUUGGCCUUUUCGAAGGAGGCAGCCUAAUCUGUGCCCUGGCACCAAACAGCAUGACACUCAUCAUCGGGCGAGCUGUCGCAGGAGUCGGAUCCGCGGGCAUCUUUGCUGGCGCCCUCACCAUCCUCGCCUACACUGUGCCUCUCGAAAAGCGACCCCUCUACAGCGGUCUCAUCGGGAGCAUGUGGGGUAUCUCGUCGGUCGCCGGGCCCCUCCUGGGCGGCGUCUUCACCGACCGGCUAUCCUGGCGCUGGUGCUUCUACAUCAACUUGCCCGUCGGUGCCGUAUCGGUCGCAGUCAUCUCAGUGUUCUUCCACGACCCCCAGCGCAAAAAGGAACCUCGCACCUGGAAGCAGAUCCUCUGGCAGCUCGAUCCCAUCGGCACCAUCUGUUUCAUGCCCGCCAUCAUCUGCUUGCUGCUCGCCCUGCACUGGGGAGGACACACGUACGCGUGGGACAAUUCGCGCGUCACGUCGCUGCUCAUGCUGUGCGUCGUCCUCGUGCUCGUGUUCCUCUACGUGCAGUACAAGAUGCAGGAGAAUGCCACCGUGCCGCCGCGAAUCAUCAAAAAGAGGACGGUGUGGUCGUCGGCCAUAUUUGAAUUCUUCAUCGGCGCGUGCUUUCUGCUGAGUAUGUACUUCUUACCCAUCUGGUUUCAGGCGGUCAAGGGCGCCUCGGCCGUGUCAUCAGGCGUCAUGAACAUUCCCAUGCUGCUCAGCGUGGUGCUUUUCACCGUCGGAUCUGGCAUCAUUGUCACGUCCUGGGGAUACUAUACGCCAUUCAUCAUCGGCGCUGCCAUCCUUAUGCCAAUUGGGUACGGCCUGAUGUCUACACUGAACAAGGAGUCGUCCGCUGCCGCCUGGAUCGGCUUCCAGAUCAUCGCCGGCGCAGGUGUCGGGAUUGGCAUGCAGCAGCCUCUCACGGCUGUGCAAGUGGUGCUCGACAUUGCCGACGUGCCCACCGGUACGGCCAUCAUCAUCUUCGCUCAGUCACUCGGCGGCGCGCUCUUUGUGACGGCAGGGCAGACGGUCUUUUCGAACAGGCUCACGGCCUUUGUGAUGGAGUAUGCGCCACAGGUGGAUCCAGGCGUCGUUCUGGAUGCGGGAGCGACCAAGAUCCGGGACAUCAUUGCGGCCGAGUAUCUCGAUGGCGUGGUGCAUGCUUUCAACAGCGCCUUGUCCAACUGCUUCCUCGUGAGCGCGGCGACUGCGGCUGCGGCGAUUACGGGUGCGGUCCUGGUGGAGUGGAAGAGCGUCAAAGGAAAGCACAUUGAGAUGGGCGCCGCGUAG